ACAGAGGAGUCUAGCUGUAGCUCAGUUAUAAUAUAACGAUAUUGGCGAGGUGCGGCAUAAAAGAAGCACACGAACGGAGAAAAGGAGAACAUUUACAAGGGGAAAUAAACACAUAUUGGUGGUAAACAUUAUCACUCCCUCCUAUAUAAAACGCCAGAAGAGGGAAUCAAUUGAGAGGGAGCGAGAGGAAAAAGAGCGCUGAAGGCAGCCCACUCAAUAGCCACUUAUUAGGCGAAUAGCCUACAUUCCAGUCGGAUUUGCGUACAUUAAUAAACCAUCAUAAGAAAUGUCUGUCCCAGCUGCUGCCGGCGCCCCCGCAGAUGGAGCUGCGCCCCCUCCCAACCUCACCAGCAACCGCCGCCUGCAACAGACACAGGCUCAGGUGGAUGAGGUGGUGGAUAUCAUGCGUGUAAACGUGGAUAAGGUUCUGGAGCGUGAUCAGAAGCUGUCAGAGCUGGAUGAUCGGGCCGAUGCUCUGCAGGCUGGAGCCUCACAGUUCGAGACCAGCGCGGCAAAACUCAAGAACAAGUAUUGGUGGAAGAAUGCCAAGAUGAUGAUUAUCCUGGGGCUGAUAUGUGCGAUUGUCCUCAUUGUCCUCAUCGUCUACUUCAGCACCUAAGAUGAGUGGCUCCUACCCCAGUCAUCAGUCAAGACUGCCUGCUUCCUUGCAACAGAAAAUCCUUUAAAUUGAUGAGGAAAUGAUCCACUAACGUUGAAUUCAUUAAAUUGCUCCUAAAUAGUCUCAAUAUGACCCUACCCUGAACGCCCUGACCCCCUCAACCCCUGCUUCCACCGUCUCACCUCUGGACUCCUGUCAGUCUAUGUCCUGUAAAUCUGUGGACCUGCCUCCUUUGUAAAUACUUCCUGCUUUUCUAAUCUGUCGUUCAUACUCAGACUCCAAUACUUGUUGUGAUUGUUACCGAUGACAACAACAGAAAAGGAAAAUGAUGACCCUGGUGAAAAUUGUUAUAUACCAGACAUAUAUAUAUAGUUCUUUGUAGAGUUUUAUUCUGAUAUAAUGUUUUUGUAGGUUGUGUGUGGGUGUGCGUUUUGUAUUUUUUAAUUUUUGUAUUAAUUUGACUUAUGCUUCAGAUUUGAACUACUGCCUAUUAAUCAGAGUGUGUAUAUCUUGCACAUUCUCUCUCACUGUCUCUGCCUGUCUCUGGAUUUCUCUCUCUUGCUCUGUCUCACAUUAGAGUAUAGGUGCAUCUUUGCACAGUGACAUAGUCUCCUUUAACCGAUGUACUUCAUCAAUAUUCCCAUCCUCUUCUCCCAUCUUUUGCUUCUCCAUCACUUUCUCUCUUCCAUACCAUGUAGCCAUACUGUCUCUUCAGAAUCCUUUCACCCUUUCUCUUUGUUUUUGUUUCUGUUUCCCUGUCUGUUGUUUCCUAGUCACAUACCUUCUCUUUUUAAACUACCAUUAGAAUUGGACCAAUGUCUGUAGAUGUUUUUUUUUAUUUUACUCAGUGUCUUAUUUCGAGAACAUUCCUUGAUGGCAGUCUAGUACAAAUGCUGUCACUGUAGCACAUGUAUGUGUGAGUAUCUUUGAAAACAGAAAAUAGAUAGCCUGUAUAAAGUAACCGUAAAUAUUAUCGUAGAGAUCAAUAUAACAAGCCAGAGUGGGGGAAAUAACAUUUUUGAUAGAAAGGAGGGCUGACUAGUUUUUGUUUGGUGGAUCAUAAUUUGAACCUGAUUCAUUUGUUCAUUUCAGCAACAUAAAAUUGCAUAAAGUUGCUGUGACAAUGGACCAAUCCUACAGAGGUGUCAUUACUAACUAAAUAAUCACAAUGACACAGUAAAGCCUUAGUCUCUAAUCAAAACGUAUCACCUUAAUGGUCAAAUUGUUCCCAUCCACUCUUUAUUUUGUGUAGAGGGAAUGGCUGACUGAAAACGGUUAGGUGGUGUGAAAUGCACAAAGAACUUUGAUAUUGAUGGCGCUGUCUGACUGGUCAACAGAAUGACCGCUGUCUGACUGGUCAACAGAAUGACCGGCAGAGAGAGAACCUCUUGCAGCAAAACCUCACCUAUUGAUGAGCACACACACAGACAACUCAGCCUUAUUUGAAAGUGAAGGUACAAGUAUUAAGAUAGAUGAAACAACUGGCAUAGACAAACAGUAGUAGAACAAGAGGAUCUAGAGAAAGGGACUAACUUGGGUCAUGGGUACCAGCUUCAUCGAACAGAUUCAGAGUUGCUGUAAAACAUAAGUGAACAUUCCUAGAAAUGUCAUGAAAAACGUCUUAGCAUUCCAGCACACAAGAUAGAGUGAGCGUUUAGCUAGUGCUGUGGUUCUCUCUCUUUCUUUCAUUUCUCCCUAGUUACUGCCUUUUUCUUUUUUAAACAUAGUAAUAGAGUAUAUUUUAUAUAGCAUAUUUUUGUGUUUGUGUGAAGCAGACAGGUAAAGAGGAAACUGAACUCAAGCAGGGCUUCACUAACUGCUGUGAGCAGUGAGCUCCUCUCUACCUUUUUGCAUGUAUGUGUCUUUUUGCGGUUGACCUCUGUAAGAUAAACACUGCCAAGAAACUAGGGAGAGGCUUUUAUUUUCUGUUAUUUUCUCAUUGGUGCCCUUAAUGGUAUGGUCUUAGUGGAUUGCUCUUGCAUGGUCACCUCUUGUCCCAUGUCCCCGUAAAGGCCUACCUGUUGCUAGUGCUAUCGAUCUGCCAGCUCUGUUAGCCCACGUUAUGAGUAGUAACAGAAAGACCCCUGGAACUGUGGGAUAUAUAGUUGUUCCCAUAGGUUAUGUCACUUCAACAUGACCUCUUCCCCUCUGUUCCACCGGAUCUGCAUACUUCCUAAAUCCUCCUGUUUCACCUCCGUCCCCAGCUCCCCCCUCACUGAUUCAGGAUCCUACACUGUGAAUGUGUGUGUUGGUGAAACACUGCCGCCCUGGGAAUAUCCCUAGUUUAUCGUGACAGAUUAGGCCACUUAGACCUCACAGAUGUGGGCAAGCUGUUUCCAUGACAACUGAAUUCGAUGAGCAGAGUGGUGAGGUAACAGAUUAGCCCACUGACUCUUUCAGACUGGUCAAGUUUGCCAUUUUUCCAGGUAUGCUCAAGGAAUAUUAAAUGGCAGAGCCCCCCCCCCCCCCCCCAACCACCCAUCACUUUACGAAUAAACGACACAGAUAUUCCCUUGCUCUUUCUCUCGCCCCCCUCACUCUCUCUCUUCUCUCUCUCUCUCUCUCUCUCUCUCUCUCUCUCUCUCUCUCUCUCUCUUAUCACACACAUGUUAAUGGGAAUGGCCUUAUCCAUUAUCUCCCUGUGAAGCAUAUCCCCCACCCUCCCCCUUUAAUCCAUUUAAGUAGAGCAAACUAAUUCAGAGGGAAAUUACCAAAGACCAGGUCUUCUUGCUUAUGCUGCCAACUGCCAUCAAAAACAAGUAGAGGAACACAACAUAUUUUACCCGGGUCACUUUAACAGCAAUAGUACUGGUACCUGUUUUUGAAAGCAUACCCUAAACCCAAAAUACCUAGUCACAUGACCUUUUAACCCUUUCAGAUCUUAGUCAACAUGUCAUACCCGGCAAAUAGAUGGUGACAUUAUGUGCUAUUUGAAGAUAUGCAAGAGAAACCAAACCUAAGUAAAAUGUGCUUCAUCCCUCUCCCCCCCCAUAAAACUACUUUAAUCUGUACCAAGUCUUUAGACAUAUGCUCCUAUAACUAAUAAUAGCACAACUUAUCUUUUGUGUGUCUCUGUCGUGCUGACAACAAUUUAAAGAUAAAAAAAAAAAUAUGACCGUUAUCUAUAGCUGUUUAACAAAACAAACAAAACAUGUAUAAAAACAAGUCUGUAUUGUCUGGUGUUGUAGUGUGGGGGUAUAUUUGGGGGAAGGGGGUUCCUAUUUCCUCAGGUCAGGGAUUAUAACAGUUCAUGAAAAUCUACAAUGUGAAAACGAAAAACUACAUGAAGCUAUAUAAACAUUUGAAUAGCAAAUAAUCACAAUUUUGAAGGUGACAAAAAAUUGAGGGCUGCCUUCGAGUUAUUAUUGUCUCAGUGGAUUGGAGUGACAUGACACGACGGGUCGGGGUAGGACUACUGUGUUGUUCACAAAUCCAAGGGUUGACCUAAGAGUGCUCAGUACAUUUAGAUACAAAAAUAGACAACUUUAUGUUCUGUGAGUGCUCAUUUUCUGUUGCUUUUUUUCUCUGUGUCCAGGCACUUUUUCCUGUUGUAUUCUGGGUGCAUUUUGCGGGGCUAGAAUAUGAUGUGGAUGAGAAUAUUGUGUUAUUGCCAACCCUUAGAGGUGUUCGGUGGAUUCAACAUAGGAGGCAACCUUUUGAGGCACUGGACCGUCACAGGUUGGCAAUAAAAUCACAAUGCUCUAACUAAAACACAUGAAAUUUAUAAAAUAUAAUGUCGGACCCUAUGUUUUCUUUGUAAUUUGCAUAAAGUUAGUAAUAACUUAGGUAUGAUGUCAAUGGCUUGGGUUGUGUGUACAUUGGAAGAGGGAGGGAAAGAUUAAAUAAAGACUUGUUCUCUAUGUUAAUCAUGUCAGACAAGUCAAGAAAAUGGGAUGUUACUGGAAAAAUAAAUUUUAUUUUAACCCUCUA